CAACAUUCCAAUUCUUCUACUUUCUCCCAUUUGUCAGCAGAAAAGAUCUUUGUUUUUUGCAGAGGAAAAUUUUCUGUCUUGACAACAUGAAGCCUAUCUUAAAGCUAUUCUUUGGGUUGCUUUUCACUCUCUGCCCAUACACCAUUUUUGCUGACAACAAAGACCUUAAUUUGAUCACCACAGCUUGUGAUCGCACUCUGUACAAAGAUCUGUGCAGAGCAGUUUUGUUAAAUCACCCCAAGGCCCGUACGACCACUGAACUUCGCGUCCUAGCCAGAGUUGCCCUGAAGUACGCACUAAUCAGUGCCAAGCAAGUAGAAACCCAAAUCAGAAAACUGAAGGAUGCACCUGCAGCCCUCAAAGAUUGCGCUGAGAACUUCCAAAGUGCAACUCAACAAAUCAGUUACUCUUUCAAGGCCUUGAAAUCUAAGAGUUAUGGUGAUAUUAAUAUAUGGGUGAGUGCUGCCAUGACCGGAGUCGAUUCCUGUGAGGAAGGUUUCAAGGAACUGAAAAGCAACUACCCAAUUGAUAAAUCAAGCAAGAUAUUCAACCAGCUCUGCAGCAUUGUCUUGGCCUUUACCAAUCAACUGAACAGCCACUAAUCUUCAGAUGCUGUCAUUGUCCAUCGAAUCCUUUGAACGCAGCUUACAUUCGUGUUGGAAAUAAAAUUUUUAACAUAUAAAGCUUUGGGUCCUCCCAGUAAAACAUCAUUGUGGUCUGAAAAUCUGCAGUAUCGAUAAUAAAUGUACAAUGAAAUGGUUUUACUUUGAUUCCAAAAA